CCCAAACCCAAACCCAAACCAAAACCCAAACCCAAACCCAAACCCAAACCCAAACCCAAACCCAAACCCAAACCCAAACCCAAACCCAAACCCAAACCCAAACCCAAACCCAAACCCAAACCCAAACCCAAACCCAAACCCAAACCCAAACCCAAACCCAAACCCAAACCCAAACCCAAACCCAAACCCAAACCCAAACCCAAACCCAAACCCAAACCCAAACCCAAACCCAAACCCAAACCCAAACCCAAACCUUUCAAAGUUCAAACCCUAGCCCAAUUUAUUGAUUAUUAUAUCAUUCGAUUGUAA